UUUCUAACUGCCGUUUCAGAAACUUCCUGUCUUCACACGGUGCGAGAACGUUUGGCAUCAUUUCUGAACACCAGUCAGUAUUUGAACGUGCACGCGUCGUUCACAUAUCAAAAUGUCAUCCCCAGAAGUUGAGCGGUUUGAAGUAACCGAUCGGGAUUUGGAAGAUGCCUUUGCACCUCGAGUUUUUCGCCAAUCAAAGAACCAAGCGAUAUAUGGUAUAUGGGCAGAAAAAGAGGACGAAGAAGAGGAAGAGAGGCCAAGUUUUGGGGGAGGUAAAAGGAAAAAAGAUUAUACUGCACCUGUUAAUUUCAUUAGUGGUGGAUUCAAGAGAGAACUGAAGAAAGAUGACAUGACUGGGAGUGAUUCCAAUGAUUCCGGUGCCUCCAUUACCAUGAAAUCAAAGCAUGCCAAAAGACCCUUUGCAUCAAAGGGUGGAAUGAGUAAACAAGCUACACCCCAUUUUCUUAAAGGACACCAUGAAACUAGAGAAUUUGGUGAUUGGGAAAAACACACACGAGGUAUUGGGCAGAAAAUAUUACAAAGGAUGGGUUACAAACCUGGUGAGGGUUUGGGAUCUGAAGGUCAGGGCAUCACAACUCCAGUGGAAGCAGUUAAGAGAAGAGGCAAAGGAGCUAUUGGUUACCAUGGAACUGAAAGGUCAUCAAGAUCUCUGGCUGAUUUCCCUGUGGUUGAUUCAGAGGAUGAGGAUGAGAAGAAAUUUCAGGAAGAACUUCACCAAUGGAAGCGUACAGAGACUAAAGCAAAGAAACCGAAAUAUGUGUACAAAACUGCUCAAGAAGCUAUUGAUGGGGGUCAAGGUCGCAAGAAGAAGUCUUUUGAUAUGAAAGCAAGCAAGGUGAAGGUUAUUGACAUGACUGGACGUGAGCAGCGUGUCUUGACUGGUUAUCAUGCCAUUUCCCACCGCCAUGACAAACCAGAUGAAGAAGAGGUUGUUUACACUGAUGAGAAACAGAUACGAGUGUUUGACAUGCCAGAAUUGCUACACAACCUCAAUUUAUUGGUUGACAUGUCAGAAGAAGAUAUUAUCUUGAAUGACAGAAAACUCAAACAUUCAAAAGAUUCAGUGAUCAACAUAGAGCAUGAAAAGAAGCGUUUAGAUGCUGUGUGUGAUGAUGAAGAAAAGCAUCUUGAGAAACUGUCAAAAUUGUUGGAAGUUAUUGAAGAUUGCGAAAAAAGAACACAACCAAACUGUGAGGUGCCCAUCACUUUGGAUGAAUGUGUGGAUGUGUUCAAGAUGAUGCAGAAAGACUAUUAUGAGGAAUACAAAUUGUAUGACAUGGACGCGUUGGCUAUAGCGUUGGUCUUCCCACUAAUGAAGGCUUUCUUUGCACCUUGGGAACCACUGAGUGAACCAGGCUAUGGCUUCAACACAGUCCAGGAGUGGAGGGUGUUGCUGGAGGAGCCUGGCGGUCAGCAUCAUGACAUCAACGACAUGGACACCUACCAACGACUUCUCUGGGACACCUGGCUGCCUCCAAUCCGCAGCGGCAUCUUGCGGUGGAAUGUUCGAAACUACGACCCUCUGGUCUGCGUUCUGGAGACUUGGCAACCAGCCUUGCCCCGAUGGAUCAUGGAGAACAUCCUUGAUCAACUUGUGUUGCCACGGUUACUACAGGAAGUUGAAGCAUGGAAUCCUCUCACAGACACAAUGCCUGUACAUGCAUGGAUCCAUCCUUGGCUUCCUCUGAUGGGUGACAAAUUGGAGCCCCUUUAUGCUCCCAUCAGACAUAAGCUUGCUAAUGCUUUAGUGAAUUGGCAUCCAUCUGAUGCCUCAGCGAAAAUCAUUCUUCAGCCAUGGCUUCGGGUGUUCAAGCAGGGACACAUGGACGCAUUCCUGGUCAAAAACAUUUUACCGGAGUUGGGCCAGGCUAUUCAGGAGCUGAUCAUCAAUCCCCAUCAACAGGUUCUGAAUCCAUGGAGAUGGUUCAUGGCUUGGUACGGCAUCCUUCCAACACAGCAUCUCAUAUCUGUGUUGGAAAAAGCCUUCUUUCCACGAUGGCUUCAGGUGUUAUGUGGCUGGCUGAGCAAUAUGCCAAACUUUGACGAAAUCACCAAAUGGUAUCUUGGAUGGAAGGCACAGUUUCCCGAGGAGAUGAAAUCCCAUACAGUGAUUAAAGAACAGUUUAACAAAGCCCUUGAGAUAAUGAAUCAGUCAGUGUCGGGACACUUCCAGCCAGGCGUGCGUGAAAAUAUGGCGUACUUCACCCACACCGAGCGCCGUCAGAUGGAUGUACAACCACCAGUGCAGCCUCCACCGUCACAGACACAAGCUCAGGCAGAGACAAUGCAAGCUGUUCGGAGCAUCAACCCAUCCGUGCCAACAAGCUUCAAGGACUUGCUUGAAAGAAAAGCUAAUGAUAAUAACAUUUUGUUCAUGCCCAUUGCCGGCAAAUCUCAUGAAGGACAUCAAGUGUAUCGUUUCGGCAACCUUCAGAUCUAUUUGGAUCGCAGCGUUGUGUUUAUGUACACUGGGAACACGCAGAGCUGGGUACCUGUGUCACUGCAACAUCUAAUAGACAAUGCAAUUCGAUGAAAGUGUAGAGUUUUAUGUGGCUGUUUUGCGACACAUAACUCUUAUUUGUCGCGAGUGACAUGUUGCAUUUGUGGAUACAGGUGGAUGUGAAUAUUGAUACUUUAGGGCCAUUGUUUCAGCAAAUUGAGGACAAUGUUUUACUGUGAGUGGUGUCCUUAUAUUGUUUGAGACAAGUCAUGGAUGACAAAUCAUACUUCCAUUUCAUGAUCUUGUUAAGUUUCCACCACUAUCUAUGCUUAUAGUUGUAUAAACAACAAUUAAAAGAUGUUGACAUGAAA